AUGUCUUCAAUUGCAGCUUAUUACAAUGGAAAGACCGUACUCAUCACAGGAGCCACGGGUUUUAUGGGCAAAGUACUGAUGGAAAAGCUACUGCGCUCCAGCCCUGAUGUGGAAGCUGUUUAUAUCCUCGUGAGGCCAAAGGCAGGACAAUCAAUGCAGGAGAGAGUGGCAAACAUGGUGAAAUCCAAGGUCUUUGACAGAGUCCGGGAAGAUUGCCCUAACUUCCAGGAGAAGAUUAAGCCUAUUAAUGCAGAACUCACUCAGCCAAAUCUGGCCAUCAGCGCCAAGGACUCGCAGGAGCUCCUGUCCCAGGUCAAUGUUGUCUUCCACUGUGCAGCAACAGUUCGCUUUGAUGAGCCACUAAAACAUGCCCUGCUGCUGAAUGUCAUGGGCACACAACAGCUCUUACUGCUGGCUCGGCAGAUGCAGAAGCUCGAGGCCUUUAUCCACGUCUCCACUGCCUAUGCAAAUUGUAAUCGGAGAAAUAUAGAUGAAGUCAUCUACCCACCACCUGUUGAGACCAAGAAGCUCUGCGACUUAGUGGAGUGGCUGGAUGAAUCUAUCAUUCAAGAGAUCACACCCAAGCUGAUUGGGGACUGGCCCAACACGUAUACAUACACCAAAGCCUUGGCAGAGUACCUGGUCCAGCAAGAGAAAGAGCACUUCAACGUUGCCAUCAUCAGGCCAUCCAUCGUGGGAGCCAGCUGGCAUGAGCCUUUCCCAGGUUGGAUUGACAACUUCAAUGGAGCAAGUGGAAUGAUUAUUGCGGCUGGUAAAGGGAUUCUGCAAACUCUCAAAGUCAAUAAUGAUGCAGUAGCAGAUCUGAUUCCAGUAGAUGUCGUCAUCAACCUCAUCCUAGCGGCUGGGUGGUACACUGCAGUUCACAGACCAAAAACAAUGAUGGUGUACAACUGUACAACAGGUGGAAUCAACCCUUUCUGCUGGGGAGAGAUAGGAUACCAUGUCAUAUCCACAUUCAAAAGGAACCCCCUUGAGCAGGCCUUCAGAAUACCCAGGGCUCAGACUACCUCAAACCACCUGAUAAACCAGUACUGGAUAACUGUCAGUCAUAAGGCUCCAGCCAUGCUCUAUGACUUCUACUUGAGGUUAACAGGAAGAAAGCCCAGGAUGAUGAAGAUCUUCAAUCGGCUGCACAGGUCUAUGAUGCUUCUGGAAUAUUUCACCUGUCAGUCCUGGGAGUGGUCUUCAGAAAAUAUGAACAUGUUAAUGACCCAGCUCAGUCCAGAGGACAGGAGAUUAUUCAACUUUGAUGUGCGUCAGCUGCAUUGGUCGGAAUACAUUGAAAAUUACUGCAUAGGAGCGAAGAAAUAUUUGCUGAAUGAGGACAUGUCUGGGAUUCCUGCUGCAAAGCAGCACUUACGAAAGCUAAGGAACAUCCAGUAUGCAUUCAACACCACCCUCCUUGUGAUCAUCUGGCGCAUUUUCAUUGCAAGGUCGCAGAUGGCUCGCAACAUCUGGUACUUCGUUGUGAGCCUUUGCUAUAAGUUCCUUUCCUAUUUCAGAGCAUCAAGUACCCUCAGGCACUGAAAUAGCCAGUCAGCAGCCAAAAGGACCUUCCUCUCCUUUAAACAGCAUCUAUGGGCAUCUGGGCUUGAAAGUAGCAGGGAAUCCACCACAACCAACAGCUGCCUGCAGUCAAUGUGCCCUGUUACUAUGAUCACAAUUAUCUUUUUACUAAUGCUUUAAUAUGUGACGAUCUUUCUUCCAUAGGACCAUGCUAAUUUUAAAGCCAUAACUGAAGCUUUAGGCAUGGGUUAUUCUGGGUCUUUUGUCUAGAUUCUGGUGUGCAAGAGGAUGGAUUAACCAAAGCUGCCAUCUUUCCAUCCAGAGUCUAAGAGCUGGACACUCUCAUCCCUACCUCCCUCCUUAACAGUUGCAGAUUUUAAAGUCAUAGAAAUUAGGAAAGGAAUAUGAUAAGACAAGAAAAUAUCAAAGAAAUAAAUCAGUGAGAGGUUUUCUUAAAUGCAAUUCACAAAUUCUAGCUCAAUGAAACCAACAGGGCCAAAUACCUUCUUAGAUUGUGAAACCACAUUUUUUAUGUCACUCAAACCUAAAGGAAGUAAGGAAAAGUAAACUGUGGAAGGCUGAUGAAUGUGGUUUAGAUCUCUAUCUCAGGUUCCCAAGGACUGAUACUUUCAAGCCCUGAUUGAUGAGAUAUACAGAAGCCGUGUACGUUUUUUAUCAGCAUGAACACACACACAAGUGACUUUACUAUGGAGAGGCAUUAAUCUCUUUAUAAUUUGUCUUCCAUUAAAAAGCUCUCUAUCACCUCUAUAGCUCUUGCUUGGAAAAUUUGUGUGGCCUGAGAGUAGUUAUAUUUACUCUCAACAUGAAGGAGAAUGCUUGUGCAAACCUUGAAGAAAAUUAAUAAAGUGUUUUUGAAUCAGUCAUUUAAAAAAAUCAUCAUGCUUUGAAAUUUUGAUUUUUGUCUAGCUGAAAAAUAGCUUGUUACUCCCCUUUCAAACUUUCCAUAUACACCUCUACCUCAACAUAACGCUGUCCUCGGGAGCCAAAAAAUCUUACUGCAUUAUAGGUGAAACCAUAUUAUAUUGAACUUGCUUUGAUCCGCCGGAGCGCGGAGCCCCGCCACCCCGGAGCGCUGCUUUACCACGUUAUAUCCAAAUUCGUGUUCUAUCAGGUCGCGUUAUAUCGGGGUAGAGAUGUAGUUAAAUUCCCCUGAAAAUUCCUGCACCCACUUUGUUGAAGGAAGUGUCAUUAAGCAAAGUUAGUAACAGUGUUUUGUUGUGGAUCAUGCAUCCUGAUCUUGCUCCCAUUGAUGUCAGUCUGAGUAAUAGGCCCAGUCCUGUUUUCAUGGAUGCCAAUAGGCAUUUUUCAUUGACUUCUGUUGCAGAGGGAUUGCACAUGAUAUGUAUAAGAGCAUACUGCUCUAUCAGCUUGCUGCAGCUUAGAAGGCGGACAAGGAGUUGCAACUAGGGUCCCAUUGAAAGGCUGAUUUUUGUAUAAAAAAAUAAAUAAAAGAUACCUUAUUAAGCUUUUAGUUUUUAAAUUAUUAAGUCUCAUUGACAACUGGAACAUUUUCUUUACAUUUAGUGAAUUGAGUGAGCAUUUGUUAAGAUUAAAAGACUUUAAAAUCACCCCUUUUAAAAAUGUUUGCAAGUUUCCAAUCUGUCCAACUUUGUGCCUUCUGCCUGCCCAAGCAAGUAACAUUGCAUCACAAAAUGUGAUACAAGAAGCAGUUUUCAAGGCCAAGAAUAGUCAAAUGUCUAUGAAGUGGCCAUUAUUUCAAAAUUAUAUCUGCUUCUGACAGUGAAGGCAACAGAGGGGAAAAAAUCAUGGCCACAAGCAAUAUUUUUCUUUUAAAAAGUGAAAAGAAACGAGUCAAGUUACCUCUCCUUCCGCAUCCUCUACAGGACCGUUUUCCAAAUGAGAGUAACAGAGUUUAAACAAGUUGCCAAAGGAGGCUUUUGGUGGAUCCCAGAAUAUAGACGCUCCUCCCCCAGCUCUCUGAAAUGGUAAAACCACGUCUUCUCACUAGACCACAGUACCUCUCCUACAGAUUGCUUCAAGUCUCUGUACUUAUGUCAAGUGUAAAAUGGGCUACUAAUGCUUAACCACCUUUGUAAGGUGUGUUGAGGUCUUAGGAUGAAAAAGUGCUUUGUAAAUGCAAAACUUUGUUAGCCACGUUUUUUCAGGUGGGGUAAGACAGACACAGAGGUUCAGUGAGGUGUCUAGCAGGCACUGCAUCCUACUGGCUUAGCUGCUGCUUGUGCAAUCAGGACAUGUGGUUUUCUAGCCUUGGAUCGGACAUGUCAUGUGCUAUGACUCUUUAGCAGUGUUUGAAGUGAAGGUCAGGUGCACUGUACUUGUAUGCAUCACUAAUAUAGCUACUUAGUGAAUGCGCCUAAGUUGUCAGAUCCACAUGGAAGGAGGCAGGGCUGUCUCUGCAGGAUGCAUUGUUAGCUAGACCUGCACAACUCAUUCCUUUAUUUUAAUAAGCAGGUGCCACAUUCAUCCCACUGAUUUAAAACACUAUCUUCAUUUACCUGCACACAAGAGAAAAUGAAAGGUUAAAAAUAAACAAAACCUGGGUCAUUCUGAAAACAAAAAACCUUCGCUAAAAAAAGUCCCGUUAAGGAUGCAAAUUAGCACCAAUGAACUGACCAAGCACAUUUACAAAAUCCAAGCAUUUAAAAAGAAAGAAACAAAUAGCUAUGGCAAUCUUAACUUUUACACUGCCCACAUAACAGACCCAAUCCUACAAUCAGAUGCAGCAGGGCAAACCUUUCAGCUCACAUGGAGCUCCAUUGAAAGCAGUGGGGCUCUGAACGUAUCUGAUGUGAAAGAUCUACACUACACACUAUUUUCACAGAUUCGAGUUAUAUUGAUCCCCACCAUCCCCUUCUUUUGGCCAGACUUACUUGUGACUGGUCAUUCGCAUAUGCUAUGCCCACCCCAACCAGUCUCUCCCCACAUGCCUUGAACAUGUCAGGACCCUUGUACCUGCAUGAGAAUCAGGAUGCAGUAGUUUUCACUCAGGAGGCUGGUGGCACCAACUUUAAGUUUUUCCAGGCACCUUAGUAUUUUGCCAAAUGCAACCAUAGGAGCAAAGUGGACCCUUUCUUUCUCACCCUUGAAGAGCAGCAGAGCUGGUUGGGGAUAUUGCAAAUGCACAACUGUAACCACUUCUUCUCGUUCCAAGUGGCAAACUGUAUUCUGGAGAGCUUUCACCAUCUGCCCUGUCAUCCUCUCAGCCUCAUCCUUGUCUCUGAGGAACUCCAGCAUUGCCAGCAAAUAGCCCCUGACCUGUGUUGCCUUUCCUGAGUGGAAGACCAGGUUGCUAAUUCCUCUAAACCUGAGCAUAAGUAUGAUAAAAUUUACAUCUUUAAUCCUCUCUUUCAUGUGGCUCAGAACAUCAUCUCCUGAUUGAGAUCUUUCUGUGGACCAGAAAAGGUCUCAUCAAGGACAUCUCUGGCCAUGAUGUUCUGGUGCUUAUGUUAACUUUUUAAAAAGUUACAGUUUAAAGAGGUCCUGUAGGAAAUCACACUUAUUGGUUCAUUGGCAUUACACUUCCUGGGCAAAUUUUUCAGUUUGGUGGCAGUUUUGGGAAAAAAAAUUGGUUUGGGUCAAAGAAUGUGAAAUUUUUUGGAAUUUUUGGUGAAUUGAAAAAAAAAACCCACCAUGGGCCCCUUCCAAAGCAGGGAUUUAAACCUCAGUCUCCCACAUCCCAUGUGAGUGCCCAACCACUGGACUAAAGAGCAUAAGGGAGGGUGGCAAUAGCAGCAGCACCAUCACCUUCUCUUCCUGCCAUGGCCAAAAUUAUUGGUGUCACAUUUGUGAAUAGGUUUGGGUUGAUCAAAGCUGCAUCUUUUGUUGAAUAAACUAUUAAUUAAAAAAAAUUUCCAUCCAGUGCAGAGUCAUAAGUAUACAUGACUCACCCAGAGGGAAGGUUGCAGAAAUGGGCUGAUAGCAUCUUUAUGAGCGGAGGCGGCAUGCUUAGUCCUGUGCAAAGUAGUGGCUGCACUUUCCUGUAUCAUCUUGUUGACAGACAAAAUGCUGUUGACCAAUCAGAGCUACAUCUAGUUUCCUUUUGCCAUGGGUGGGACUCAGCAAUAGCCUAGAAUCUUCCUUGCUCCCCCAUUGCCCUUUAUGAACAAGCAACUUUGAAGACAAAACUGGUGGUCACAUACUUUACAAUCAUGACAGUUUAUUUGCCCCAGCAUCACCAAACAGGAUAGGAUCAGUUACCAUUUGUACCCAGUAGACUUACCAUGCAGUUACCACAUCAUAUUGUGACAGAAUGCUGGAGAGUUGUCAUAGUUACUCGGGAAACUAACCUGCGAUACGCUGAACCCGAUGUACUCUUGUUUUAGUCAAUAUUAUACACACACAUCAGGCUAUAGCUAUAAGCUGAGUGGUAUGUAGGAGCUAUGGAACACUGGAUAUCGUUUCAUUGUCAAAUGAUUUCUGUGUUAUAGAAAGUCUGUCAAACUCUUAGCUUUCAAAUAACAAAUUGUAUACUUUUUUAAAUUAAACUAAAUACCCCUGCUAAAAAUCACCACAAUUAAUCUGAAUAUGCCAUUUGACUGACAAGUCAAUUUGUUUCCAGAGAAUUUGCUGCAAAAUGAGGUUUUUUCAGUACAUUUGCAGGAAAACUUGACAACCAGGCCACAUUUCUUGGGGGCACUUUUGGUCAGCUUUUGCUGCUGCAUGAUGUUUUCAGGGCGACCUGGUGCACCUCUGUGUGUGUGUGGGGGGUGAGUGUACAUAUCUGUAUGUGUAUUUAUACAUUUUCAGCACCAAUCAUCACACUACUUCCAGAGAUGUUGCAACUAUCUGAUCUUUUUGAAAGGCCAGGCUGUAACCAGUUAUUAUGUGCUUUUCUUCAUCAAAUUAAGAUGAAGUCAAAACCCCCUUCCUAAUUUCCCAGGUUUAAAAAAAAAAAAAAAACCACCAGUACUGUUAAAUAAUCAGUCAUCGUACAUGAAUCCUUAUGCAACUUUGAAAAGGUGGGGGGAGGGGCUUUUUGUUUGUUUUUAAAUAAACUGCAGCUUCAUGAUUUAAAGCGUGGUGUUGCUCCUCUUGCACUGAAGUUCUACAGCAGACAACAAGGAUGAACUUGUUGUUCAACUGGGCCUUGUAUUCUAGUGCAGAAUAGAUAAUAUAUUGUACAUUCCCGGCAAAUGUAUCAGUAAUGAUCUUGCUAAAUGGUGCUACACCUUGGUAAGAAGGUGAUUAAAAACUUACUUAAGGGCAAAUAAAAAUGUGCGUAUUAGGAGUAAUUUAACAGAAUUAAAAAGGUACUAUCCCAGUUUCUCAGUUACUAAAGAAAGAAAUUGUGAUAUUUUUUCAACGAGUACCAUAGAAAAUGAAACUGCUUAUAUAUUGUUUCUUGAUCACUAAGCAUAAUCUUGACAAUAGAAUGAACCCCCUUUAUAGUAAAAUAUUGUCCCACUGCCCAAAGUUUAUAUGGUUAUAACUGAUAUUUCUAUACACCUUUCCCUAUGAGACAAUUUACUGUUAUAAAUGUUACUUACGAAGUUUCUAAUUCAAAAGUGUAAUGUUUUGAGCCCUCCAUGUCAAAGUUGUAAGGUCACAGAAUACAAGAACCUCAGCCACAAAAUUGCUAAUAUUAAUUUUGUUAUUUUAAACCUUUAAUAAAUAAAAUAUUUUAAAACA